AUGGACCUUUCUGAACCAGGAUCGAUUAUUUUUGAGCGUGAAAAAUUUCUAUCAGCAAAUAGUACUUUUGUCAACGGUAAUCAAGAAACAACUGCAACCGAAGCAGAAGCAGAAGAGGAAAAUGACGAUUCUUCCGAUGAACAGAUCUUUCUACCCGGUGACAGUGAAGAAGAUGAUGAUUUAAUUGUAAUUAGUGGAAAGGAAUAUCCAAAAACGGGUUUUGAAGAAAUUAUCGAAAAAAUUGGAAUGGGAAAAUUCCAAAAAAGAUUAUUGUGGUUAUGUGGUUUUGGUUGGUUCGCUGAUAAUCUAUGGUUCCAGGCUACUUCAAUAAUUUUACCGAGAGUUCAAACACACUUUCAAGUAUCGAAUUCAAUAAUAGGUCUUCUACCCAGUUCUAUCAUAUUGGGAAUGAUGUUUGGGGCGAUAUUUUGGGGCGUCUUUUCGGAUACGUUUGGUCGCAAGCAAGCUUUCAAUUGGACGCUUGCCAUGACAGCGAUGUUUGGAUUGAUAUCGAGUCUCUCACAAAACUUUACGCAGAUAUGCAUAUCAAUGUUCUUUUUGGGGGCUAGCGUUGGAGGAAAUUUACCAGUAGACGGCGCAAUAUUUCUCGAAUUUGUACCAAAAGACAAACAAUAUCUACUCACAUUUAUGUCUGUCUUCUGGCCUUUCGGAUCUGUCGUUACAUCCGUUAUAGCAUAUUUCAUAUUACCACCUUUUAGUUGCCCUGAGAACGGUACCACGUCUUGUGAUGUUCACACACACAACAAUGGUUGGAAAUAUUUGCUGGCUAUUUGUGGUACUAUUACAUUUAUUAUGUUUAUCAGCCGUAUCUUAUUUUUUAGACUUAGAGAAUCUCCGAAAUUUUUAAUCGUACGAAAUCGAAAACAAGAGGCAGUAGAUGUCUUACGUGAGAUUGCGCGCAUUAAUGGUCGCGAUAUUUCGAUCCAUGUUAGCGAUUUGACAACAUCGGGUUCGGAUGAUCGCACCGUACUACCAAUGACAUACCCUUUUUUGUCUUCUGUCAAACAGCCACACAAAAAAAAAUUCACCAAUCCUGCAUCUUUCCUUAGAAACUGUAUUUCAUUAAAACUUCAAGAGAUAAGACCUCUUUUCACACCAAAAUGGAUUCGCACAACCAUACUUGUCUGGCUAUUCUGGUCCCUCAAUUCUGUGGCCUUCAAUAUGUUUAACACUUUCCUCCCUAAAUUCUUAGAAAAUCAAGAGACCAGGAAUGAAUCUAACAAUGAUUCGUCUAAAGUAAUCACAGAAGUACUAAAGGAUUAUAUAAUAUUCUCGAUUUGUGGAGUUCCGGGAUCAUUAAUUGGAACUUAUCUGAUAGAAACUCCACUGGGCCGAAUAUAUACGAUGUCACUUGGGGCCUUCGGUUCUUCAUUAUCAGUGUUUCUUUUUGCAAUAUUCGAUUCAAGAGCAUGGUCAAUUACAUGCAACGUACUUUUUAAUAUCCUGAAUAUCAUCGAAUAUUCUGUAAUAUAUGGUUAUACUGCUGAGGUUUUUGAGACGAGAGUAAGAGGAACUGCAAAUGGAAUUGCUUCGGCAUGCGCUAGAGUAGCUGGUAUGGCUGGUCCAAUAAUUGCAGGAAAUCUGUUAGCUAUUAGUAUCACGUUGCCUUUAUACGUUUCGGCCGCUGCAUUUUUUUUAGUGGGAGUUUGUAUGAUUUCUUUACCCAUCGAAACUCGCGGAAGACAAGCGUUAUGA